GGUCAGUGGUCCACUCAGGUUACGUUUGACAUUCUGCAACAGCGCCAGUACAAUGGACUGGGGACAUACGUAGCUCUAAAAUCAUCUGGGUUAUUUUGUUCAAUUUAUUUUCCAAAAGACUCACUGCCACUGAUAUCGAGUGAAAUACAUAAUUUUCCCUCACCAGCAAUAUGCUGGCCAGGAAGGGCCCACUACUACCGGAUGGGUUCUUUCUGACCCGACUGGCAGAGAAUGCCAAGCAGCCCAACCAGUUCAAAACCAAUUCCCAACGGGCCAGGUUUAUAACCAAGAAUGGAUCCUGUAAUGUGGCCCACAAGAACAUUCGCGAGCAGGGCAGAUUCCUUCAGGAUGUCUUCACGACUAUGGUGGACCUAAAAUGGCAUUACUCCCUCCUCAUCUUCACCUCGGCCUUCCUCUGCUCAUGGAUGCUCUUUGCCAUGAUGUGGUGGCUCAUGGCCUUUGCCCACGGUGACUUGGAACCCCGUGACCCAAACGGGGAGCCCGGGCCCGUGCCCUGUGUCACUGCCAUUAACUCCUUUACCUCUGCCUUCCUCUUCUCCAUCGAAGUGCAGGUGACGAUAGGUUUCGGGGGGCGAAUGGUGACAGAGGAGUGUCCGCUGGCCAUCAUGGUGCUGAUCGUCCAGAACAUUCUUGGGCUGAUUGUCAAUGCUGUGAUGCUUGGCUGUGUCUUCAUGAAGACUGCUCAGGCUAACAGGCGAGCAGAGACCCUCAUCUUCUCCCGGAACGCAGUGAUCGCACCACGCCAAGGCCGGCCCACGUUCAUGUUCCGCUUGGGUGACCUGCGGAAGAGCAUGAUCAUCUCGGCCACUAUUCAACUCCAGGUGAUCCGCCGGACGGUCACCACUGAGGGUGAGGUGAUCCCUGUCUGCCAGCUGGAUAUCCAGGUGGAGAAUCCCCUUAGGAGCAACGGCAUCUUCCUGGUGUCCCCUCUCAUCAUUAGUCACACCAUAGAACGUGGCAGCCCACUCUAUGAGGUCUCCGCCCACUCCCUGGCCACAGAGGACAUGGAGAUCAUUGUGAUUCUUGAAGGUGUGGUGGAGACCACAGGUAUCACCAUGCAGGCGCGUACUUCCUACACCCCCGAGGAGAUUCUGUGGGGCCGGCGUUUCGUUUCCAUCAUGACAGAGGAGGAUGGCCGCUACUCAGUGGACUACUCGAAGUUCGGGAACACGGUCCCUGUGCGCAUGCCCGCCCUCAGCGCCAAGGAGCUGGACCAGAUACGAGGAGUGCAGGACGGGGAUGUGCCUGAAGGCCAGCUACAGGGCUGGGGAUUGGUCAGGGCUGGCAGGGGAGGGUUCCGAAGAGGGGGACGGACUUGUGAUAGCAGCUCAGCCUCCCGGCCCUGGUAUGCAGCACAGCCAGAGAAAGAGGAGCAUGUGAAAGCAAAGGAGAAGAAUGGGCAGAAGAAAACAGUUCAGCUGGAAGAGAUUGGUCGAAAGAUUGAGGUGGAAUGUCUGGGAGACUUUAGUGACAGAGAAUAGUAAAAUUGAUGUCAGAAAAUAAGGUUAAUGUAUUGAUAUAAUGCUCUAGUGAAAUGAUUACCUUUGUUUUCAUUUUUAUUUGUGUAAAUAGUUGUGUUGACUUAGGACUUUAUUCAGUCCACACCACGGAAGUUUAGUUUUACAGCUGAUUGAAAUCUAAAGGUAAUGUUCCUGCUUUUAGCGGAGACUGCAUUCAUGUUAAACGUUGAAUAUGUUGGCUCAAUCAGAAAUUACCUUUACAUUUAUAUUGCGGGAUCUCAGCUUUACAGAUUGAAUAGAGUCCUUUGUCAACAGUAUUGUCAUUGUUGUUUUACCUUAACAUACAUGAAGUUAAAUUGUAAGAAAGCACAAAGUGUAGACUCAAGUAGCUUAUUAUAAUGGAGAGGGUUCCCAGAAUCCUUUUUAGAUCCCACUGCAUCCCACAUAAUGCCACGGGAUGUUUUUAAUAUAUGUAUUUAUUUGUAUUUAUUGAUAACCAAUUUUUGAUGUGAACAUUAAAUUAUAUUCCAAAUGUUAUGCAAACAACUAGUGUAAUUUAAUUUCGGGCACAUUAUUGGCUGGUCAACCAUUCGCAGUGCUCCGGUGCAUAGCAACUUUUGCCUACCCACAUCCGUCCCGACAAACUCAUAAAAUAAAAAAUUGAAACAAUUCCAGGAAAAUAAACUGUUUAAAUAGUUAAAAGCUGCACUUGGCCGUACUUUCAAAAGUGUGUCUUAAAUUGCAGUGUGUUGAUGGAGAAUCCAAUACUAUUGUUGUUUUUUGUUGCUAGCUGCUAGUUGAACAUUGUAUUAAGUAAACUUAACAGUCCAUUUAUGGCAGCUAUAGGCUACUGUGGAUAACCUCCUUGCUAUUAUAAACAGGGUUAGAAAGAAAUGGGAAACAGUCUCUCAAGGUCAUUUUAUUGGUUUGGGUGAGUCUUCUACAAGUGAGAAUAAAACUGAUUGACAAUUUUCACAACCUUUAA